CCGCGCGCAUAGCAGCCCGCGCGGAUGCUGCGUCCACGGUCCUCAGCGCGCAGCUCAUCGAGGGGGCUCUCAUCACACAUCGCAUAGAAAAUCCAAAUACCGCAUCACCACGCUUUAGCACCUCUUUACACGUUCAAGAAGAAGCGUAAGAACUAACGAAAUACCUUUGCCUUUUUUGAUACAUUGGUCGGGACAGUCAUCUCAAACGAUGUCUCCAUCGCUCAUUUUUUCCUCUGCGGAACCUCCAUCUAACCAGGCAACAACUGCACUAUUUUAGGAUCCAUCACAUCCAUCCGUAGUAAACACACUGCUGAACACCUGGGAGAUAAGGACGACAUGAUAACAGCUACUGAGUGAACCCAGCCGCUCUUGUGUUUCUCCUGGAUAUUCCCUUUUCCCAACAAACCACGGCAAUGUCCUUGGAGCAUGGCCUGGCUUCCUCACCAAUCCCAUCAUCCCGCAUCCUUUGAAUCCUAACACAUCAGCACUGCAGAUCUACACAAUAUCCCGCUCGGUUUUGCGCCCCCUCUUUGCUCUCGUUCUCUUUGUCCUGAUGGAUUGGAAGCGGCCCGAUACCUCGUUCUGUUGACCCUCGGGGUGAGGGGGUUGAGUGGAGAGGACAGGAUUUCUCCAAAUACACUAGAAGUGUCCUGCUGUCAUUGUCCCGAUUUCCUCUGAUGGAGGGUUAAAAGAACGGGAGGAACUACCGGGGAGGGAGAGGACUCAAAACCCAAAAACUCAAGCCAAGAAUUAUCACUAAUACUGACCUCGUGUUGCUAAAUGCUCUUGGACUAGAAGAAGUCAUUUAGAUCAAGCAUCGUGGAGCCAACAACCUAAGAUUCAAGAUGUCCACCACGGCAACCAUGGGUGAGAUGGCGAAUAGCGCAGUGGAGUUUUACCCCAAGCGGGGUGGAGGAGACGCAGAAACCAACCAUGCUGGAGACUUUGGGGUGACACUGGAGGAGCUCCGGUCCCUGAUGGAGAUGAGAGGACCCGAGGCCUUGCAGAAAAUUCAGGAAAGCUUUGGAGAUGUAGAAGGCCUAUGCCAGAGACUCAAGUCUUCCACCAGUGAUGGUUUGUCAGAUAACCCGACAGAUCUGGAGAAGCGCAGACAGGCAUUUGGACAAAACUUCAUACCCCCCAAAAAACCCAAGACCUUCCUUCAGCUGGUGUGGGAGGCAUUACAAGACGUCACCCUCAUCAUCCUGGAGAUUGCAGCCAUCAUCUCCCUCGGCCUGUCCUUCUAUCAGCCACCCGGACACGAGAGCGAGGGUUGUGGAAAUGGGUCAGGAGGAGCUGAAGAUGAGGGGGAGGCAGAGGCAGGAUGGAUCGAAGGUGCAGCCAUCCUUCUCUCUGUCAUUUGCGUGGUGCUGGUGACGGCUUUCAACGACUGGAGUAAAGAGAAACAGUUCCGGGGACUGCAAAGCCGCAUCGAGCUGGAGCAGCGAUUUGCUGUGGUGCGCAAUGGAAACGUCAUACAGAUCCCUGUUGCCGAGAUGGUGGUUGGGGACAUGGCCCAGGUCAAAUACGGUGACCUCCUACCUGCUGAUGGGGUCCUGGUUCAGGGAAAUGACCUGAAAAUCGACGAGAGCGCUUUAACUGGUGAAUCAGACCAUGUGCGGAAGUCGGUCGACAAGGACCCCAUGCUUCUCUCUGGUACCCAUGUGAUGGAGGGAUCAGGCAGGAUGCUGGUGACCGCAGUUGGAGUCAACUCUCAGAGUGGCAUCAUAUUCACACUACUGGGAGCUGGUGAAGGGGAAGAGGAGAAGAAAGAGAAGAAAGGCAAGCAACCAGAGGCAGCUGUGGAGACCAAUCAGAAUAAAGCCAAAAAGCAAGAUGGAGCCGUUGCCAUGGAGAUGCAGCCUCUGAAGAGUGCGGAGGGUGGUGAAGUGGAGGAGAGAGAGAAGAAAAAAUCCAAUGUGCCCAAGAAGGAGAAGUCUGUACUGCAGGGCAAACUCACCAAACUGGCUGUACAGAUUGGCAAAGCAGGUCUUGUGAUGUCAGCCAUUACAGUUAUCAUCCUGGUGCUGUACUUUGUGAUCGAGACGUUUGUGGUGGAGGGGCGGAGCUGGUUGCCUCAGUGCACGCCUAUCUACGUACAGUAUUUUGUCAAAUUUUUUAUCAUCGGUGUGACUGUGCUGGUGGUAGCUGUCCCUGAGGGUCUACCCCUUGCUGUUACCAUCUCCCUGGCCUAUUCAGUAAAGAAAAUGAUGAAGGACAAUAACCUAGUGCGUCACUUGGAUGCCUGUGAGACAAUGGGCAAUGCCACUGCCAUCUGCUCUGACAAGACCGGCACCCUCACCACCAACCGCAUGACUGUAGUGCAGUCCUACAUCAAUGACCAGCACUUCCGUGAGAUCCCGGACCCCAGCCAGAUCAACCCUAACACCCUGGAGAUGAUUGUCAAUGCCAUAUCUAUCAACUGCGCCUAUACCUCCAAGAUCUUGCCCCCGGAUAUGGAAGGUGGUCUGCCCAAGCAGGUUGGUAAUAAGACAGAGUGUGGUCUGCUGGGCUUUCUGCUGGACUUGAAGAGAGACUAUGCCCCUGUGAGAGAGCAGAUCCCCGAGGAGAAGCUUUACAAAGUCUACACUUUCAACUCUGUACGCAAGUCCAUGAGCACUGUGGUACAGAUGCCAGAUGGAAGUUUCCGGCUCUACAGCAAAGGAGCUUCUGAGAUCCUUCUGAAAAAGUGUUCCUCGAUACUUGGUGCCAAUGGUGAAGCACGUAACUUCAAGCCGCGCGACCGAGAUGAGAUGGUGAAGAAAGUGAUCGAGCCAAUGGCGUGUGAAGGCCUGCGAACCAUCUGCAUCGCUUAUCGUAAUCUUCCCUGCGACCCCGAGCCUGACUGGGAUAAUGAAGCUGAAAUUGUCACCGAUCUGACUUGCAUUUCUGUCGUCGGGAUUGAGGAUCCCGUUCGACCUGAGGUUCCUGAAGCCAUUCGCAAGUGUCAGAGGGCAGGCAUCACUGUGCGCAUGGUCACCGGCGACAACAUUAACACAGCACGAGCUAUUGCUGUCAAAUGUGGCAUCAUUCAGCCUGGGGAUGACUUUCUGUGCAUUGAGGGUAAAGAAUUCAACCGAAGAAUCAGGAAUGAGAAAGGAGAGAUUGAGCAGGAGAGGAUUGAUAAAAUCUGGCCCAAGCUCAGAGUCCUUGCACGUUCCUCCCCCACGGACAAACACACUCUCGUAAAAGGCAUCAUUGACAGCACUGUGCUGGAGCAGAGACAGGUGGUGGCCGUAACUGGUGAUGGCACCAAUGAUGGACCAGCUCUCAAGAAGGCAGAUGUGGGCUUUGCGAUGGGUAUAGCAGGCACUGAUGUAGCUAAAGAAGCCUCUGACAUCAUCCUGACCGAUGAUAACUUCUCCAGCAUUGUGAAGGCUGUCAUGUGGGGGAGAAAUGUGUAUGACAGCAUCUCCAAGUUCCUGCAGUUUCAGCUUACUGUCAAUGUAGUGGCCGUCAUCGUUGCUUUCACCGGGGCCUGCAUUACACAGGACUCUCCACUGAAAGCAGUACAGAUGUUGUGGGUUAAUCUGAUCAUGGACACAUUUGCCUCUUUGGCUCUUGCAACUGAGCCACCCACCGAAGCUCUGCUGCUUAGGAAACCCUAUGGCCGUAACAACCCCCUCAUCUCACUCACAAUGAUGAAGAACAUCCUGGGUCAUGGAGUUUAUCAGCUCAUCAUCAUCUUCACCCUGUUGUUUGUUGGAGAGAAAAUCUUCAACAUCGACAGCGGCCGUAACGCCCCCUUACACUCCCCCCCAUCUGAACACUACACCAUCAUCUUCAACACCUUUGUCCUGAUGCAGCUCUUCAACGAGAUCAACGCUCGCAAGAUUCACGGUGAAAGGAAUGUUUUCGACGGCAUCUUUGGGAACCCUAUCUUCUGCAGCAUUGUUCUGGGAACAUUUGGAGUGCAGAUUGUGAUUGUGCAGUUUGGGGGCAAGCCCUUCAGCUGUUCCCCUCUCAAUUUGGAGCAAUGGCUGUGGUGCCUCUUCGUGGGAGUUGGAGAAUUGCUGUGGGGUCAGGUGAUAGCCACAGUGCCCACUAGUCACCUGAAGUGUCUGAAGGAGGCAGGCCAUGGACCAGGGACGGACGAGAUGUCGGAGGACGAGCUGGCUGAGGAUGAGGAGGAGAUAGACCACGCUGAGAGAGAGCUACGAAGGGGGCAGAUCCUCUGGUUUAGAGGCCUUAACCGUAUCCAGACUCAGAUGGAGGUAGUGAGUACGUUCAAGAGAAGUGGUUCGUUUCAGGGUGCAGUGAGACGUCGAUCCUCAGUGCUCAGCCAGCUCCAUGACAUGCGGGUGGUGAAAGCGUUCCGUAGCUCCCUUUACAAUGGAAUCGAGAAACCCGCGUCCAGGAAUUCCAUCCACAACUUCAUGGCACACCCCGAGUUUCUCAUCAACGACUUCAUCCACAACAUCCCACUGAUUGAUGACACUGACAUUGACGAUGAAUCGGAGUGGUCGAGGAACAACCAGCACUUGCAUCCGGCCUUCCAAAAGCCCCCUCCUCCUCCGGUCCAGCAGCCGCAGCGAAGCCGCCCACCGCCCCGUCCCUACCGCCAGUACAGCCUCCCUGACACACCUAACCACAACAACAAUGCCAUUGAGAGCAGCGUCUACCAGCUGAACCUCCCCACAGGCCUAGACGGCCAUUGGACAACCCCCUCUCAGCAGAUGUACCCCCUCCUCGCCCUGGAGACCUCUCUAUGACUAACUGGGCUCCAGAGGAUAAGACCUUAAAAACUUUGAGGAUGUGGACCUGUGCAGGUCAGGCUGGUGGGGGAGGCUUCUACAGACAUGUGGUAGAUGGUCGACACCCAAUACUAUGACAGGGUCAACCCAUUACAAUCAUUCCCCCACUACCACCAUCCACGAAAACACUAUCACUCCUCAUGUCUCAACAACAGCCCCACAGACACCUCUCCUCUCACCGUGUGGAGAGGAGGCCAGUCUGUUGCAUGUCUGUGGUUCCUUUGGAUGGACCUGAGAAGGUGAGGAAUCCAGACCCAAUGGAUUUUAGCGGCUCUUUAGUGCUGGCGACUAUUGACUUCUCAGAAUGCAAAGGAAUAUGUUCCCUACAGGUGGAGUAGGGGUCCAUUCACUUUACUUUUUAUCGGUGUUACUAAACUCAGUAUCAUUAUUAUCAUAUUUGACUUACUAUCGCCACCGUCCUCCCGAGUGCUCGGAUUAUCAUUGAGAUAUCACAGAAAAUGACUUUUAUUACUCUGAGCAAUGCUUUAUGGAUUAGCUUUAAAUAUAUAUAUAUAUACAUUAUGUAUCUAUUUAUUCAUUGUGAUCACCAUGUUUUUUUUCAUUUUCACUUUGUCUAUCUCUCUCUCUCUCUGUGUGUCUAUGUGUGUGUCGUGUCUGUCCUGAAAGCAUAAAAAAUCUAGAAAAAAGAAGUACUAACAAAGCAAAUAUAAUAUUAAUUUGAAGCUUUGACUAAUUCAAUUAUAAUGCGUCUGCUGAUAACAAAAAGACAAAAACAUUGCCGCACCAUUUUAAUGAUCAUUGUUUAACAGCAUUUUGGGUAAAAGAAAAAGUAUUCUCUUAUUUGAAGGCAAUUUGUAGCUUCACUCUAAGUGAGAGUAAGCAUUUUUUUAAACACAAAAAUCAUGUUCAUGUUUAAAAUAUGCCACAGGGUAGAGGAUUUGGGAAAUCCCAUCACAGAGAUUCAGUGGUCGUGGGUGGGAUUUCGGUUUUCCAUCUCAGCAAUGGCAAUCGGCUUUACUACAAAAUGGCCUUGUUAGUAUGUCUUACCUUGUUUAAAGUAGCUGAAAUUGCAUUUAAGGAUUUCAGUGGGUUUGCCCAGACUCAACAUUUAAUGGUGUCUUAUAUUUCUUUGACAUAAAAGCCAUUAAAACUCAUAUUGUGCAGAUGACACCAACAAAUGCAUCAACCCUUUAAACAUGUUCAAAUAAUUAUAUUCGCUCAGUCGAUGCAUAUCUGCUGGCCCUUUAAAUACAUUCAUACUCACACUUGCUUUCCACAUGUGUGUGGAAUAUUUCUCAUAUUGUGAAUAUCUGCAGACUGUGGUCACCAGGGUAGGGAAUCCAUCUUAUACUGCCAUACUAUAUUUAAAAAAUAUCAAAGAAACUAAAGAUGGACUAUCUGUGAGGUUGUCAUUACUUUUGCACAAUAUCAAGGUUCACUGAGCAAACGUUCACUGUGGACUUUCCAUAUACUUUAGCAUUUCAGAACAACAUGUUUGCACAGAACAGUAUUCCCUAUUAUAUAUGUAAAGACAUGCAUGAUUCUCCAUGUCAGAUCAUUUCAUUGACAUUCCACUGAUCAAUUGUACCAUCUGGGGUUACCUCCUUUUACACCCCAUAAUCAUCUGGAAUGGUACUGUUGUGAUCAUACUGCUACAGUUGAUGCAUUGCAACCUAAUACAAUCAUUUUGGGGAAAGAGACUGGCACUUAUGCAACAGACUGCCCUGCCCACAGCUCUGUGAAAUACGCUUCACAACAUGUACAUAUGGAUCUAAAAAAACAACAACAACCUUUAUCUGUAUAGAACACUUUUCUAGAUUGUCCAGUUUAAAGAAACUGGUGAAUAUCGAAAGCAGACAAUGCAAGCAUGAGCUUCACUAGAUCAUGUCAUUGCAUUGGUCGGUCGUUUCUUUGCGGAGCAUGUUGAUAUCAUAUCGUUCGCUUUACACUGUCAUUGUUUGACUUCACUUUCAUCUGUCGAUGCUUCACUGUGGCUCUUAAGCGGUUGGUGGACACACAUUUCUCCUCCCAGCGCAUCUGUGCUGUCAUUAAUGUGCUAUAGUCUGAUGUUCUCCUCUUGAUACUCUGCCCUGUCUGUGGCGUAGAGCCUAGAGGUGUAGCAGUGUUACACUGUCAAUUUGACAAGUUGCUUAAAAUGGGUUGACUCAUUCUACAACUAGCAGGACAUUUGUUGUUGGAUCUUUAAAUGGAAACCCAUUUUUUAUAGGAAUAUUCUGGGUUUAGACCCUGUUUUUCUUUAUAAAAAUAAAGCAAAACCCUGGGGGAUACAGCAAGGCUUACAAUGGAAGUGAAUGGGGCAAUCCAUAAACAUUUAAAUACUAAUUGUUCUAAUAGUGUAGCCACAAGAUGUAAACAGUAUGAAUUUCAACAAGAAUUUAGUGUGGGAAGAAAAAACUUCUUUUCUGUGUAAAGUUAAAUCCAAAAUGUACAACUUUUGCCAUGAUGAUGCAACAACAUAGACCAUAAAGUGAUUGUAAAAAUGUAGUUUAAACAGCUCAAAUAAUACAGAAGAUUUAUGUUAGUACCAUUUUUAUGAUUAUAACUGUCACAUUUCUGCUUCAAAAACCAUUCCACUUCAUUGAAAGUGCCUCUUCGCAACCUCGAUUUUUGCUUCUUAUAUAAUUUAUCAAUAAUAUUAUCUAUAAUUGUCUCUCAUUUUCUUUUAAAAACUACUUAAAAGUAAUUUUUGUGGUCUUGUAUUGAACCCAGAAUAUUCCUUCAAGCGAAACCGUGUUCUAUCUGCAUGAGUUUGUCUGACAUUUGGCUGGGUUGGAUCAGGCUCAGACAGUUCCAGUGGAGUCUCUAGUGUCGAGAGCGCUGGCAGGUCUCACGGGCUGAACCCAUUUAAAGGUCCAGACACAAUCAGCAGGUCAGUGGUGGUCAGAGAGGAUCAGUCAGUGAACCUGCUUUACCAUAAUAAAGAAACAUUUCCUAACCUUAUCUUAUCCUCAGCAAAACUUAACUACCGAAAUAGGCCUCAAGCUAUGCUCGUCUCUGAAUAAUUUUUAAAUCUAACAACAGAAUAUCUAAGACGUAUACCCCAAUCAUUGAACUCUCCGGACAGUUAUGAUAUAUACUGUAUAUAACAAUGGUAUAUGUAUGGUAUCCCUCCUCUCCACCUCAACAGACAUCCACUUUAUCAAGACUCCUGAUAGAGUGACAAAUAUAUAUACACACACAUACAUAUAUAUAUAUAUAUUAAAAAAGAAAACAGAUAAUCCAAAACUUCAUCGUCUGCCUUCAUUUUGUUCCAUUCUGUUGUAGGAAAAUCAUACAAGGUAAGGUGAAAAUAAAAAUGUAAUGUGAAAAAGAGUAAAUAAUAUACUAUAUUUAAUAUAAAAGUUAUAAAUUAUUGUACAACUGCACCACAACUGUACAUUUUGCCAAAAUGUGCACAUGUGCAUCUUUUGUUUACGAUUUAAGCACCUUUUUUUGUUUUACUCGAUUGUCUCUUCCUCUUUCUCCCUCCUUUUGCUGUUUUGUAAAGAAUUCAAAUUGAACAGCUUGUACAUUAUUAUGAUGAUGAUUAUUAUUAUUACUAUUAUUAUUAUUGUCUUUUUCCAUCAGUGCACUUUUAACUGAUGGAAAAAACAGUUGCACAUUCUCCUGGACAUACACUUACUGCUCUGCUCUACAAUGGAAUAAAAAAAAAAGAGAAAAAAUGGAACUAUUAAAUAUAUUAAUUAUUACCUGCCUGUUACUUAAGAGAAAAAUCUAUAUAUGAUGAAAGAACACAGCUGUAUACUGUAGACUAAACUGUAUGGAAAUCUAAGAAUUUAAUGGGAAAAUAAGUCAACACUUUUUGUCUGUAUAAAAAAAUCUAAUCAAAGUAUUCUACAAUAAUAACUUUGGCCAGUGUC